UCAGUGUUUAACAUCUUUKCAAGUUUUCUCCCCUUCUCUAUUUUUAUCCUCUUUUCUCUUAUGCAUCAUUGUUAGUUCGGCUUUUUGUUCACAUUCUCUUCUAUUCUUAGAGGAAGUCUUACGAGUAAUGAUCGAUUCGUACUGCCUCCGGCUUUUGGCGCCGAGUSCAGCUGGUAGACGGAAAUAUUUUCAUAAAGAAAUUACCUAUUGUACUCCUUAUGAAAUAUUCAUACUUAAAUUCAUGACAACGUGAUUUUACUCGAUAUUUUAUCAGAGAGGAUGGCCAAUAAUAUGUCUAGCAUUAGAAUACUGAGGUGACCGGUUGGAGCCCAACGCCAAGCGAACCGCAAUCUCUUUAGUGUUGACACUAGACAGUUCUGUAUGGACGAGGUGAAGCGUUACGCGUUCUUUGUCACUCAAGCGAUCAAAGAAAGCGUAAUGGAGACAGCCAGCCACUUCCAAUAUGGCAAUUCUUGGCCUGUCAAGUUCUACUUCGGUUUAUUGCACAUUCUACUGCUGUCUCUAGUUUUCUACAUCUUCUUGAAGUCUCGGAAUAAGGGCAAGAGUGAAAAAUCAAUCCGAAGACGAGGAACGAGAACGUUUAUUAAAGACAACAGAGCUGUGACAAGCGAGACAUGUCAAUGGCUGAAUUCAACUCUAGCCUGGCUUUAUCUUCAUUCAGACUCCAAAAAUACCCCAGAUUUAGUCAAACUAUGGAUAAGAAAUCUAAACAGAGAACUCUAUAAGACCAGAAAGGAUAAUCAACGAAUUGUUAUCACCGAUAUUYGCUCUGGAUGUCUUCCACCUAAGCUGACGGGUGUUUAUUGCUUGUGUGUUGACGGCACAAUGCAGUGUAUCACCUUCCAUGUAGAGUCAACAGAACUUGGUUUCCAUGUCCAUGUGAACCAACCAAUGGCUAAUGGUACUUCCAAGAAUGUUAUAUUAGAGGUUAAUGUAGUCAAACUGGUUGGUGAGGUUGCAYUGCAGCUGAACAACACUCCUCCAUUGUUUGAAGUUAAAGUGAUGUUUAUUGGUGAACCAGAAAUAAAAUUCUCAACCAGAWCCAUUACCAAGGAUGGUAUUGAUGCAGCUGCUGUUGAAGCUGUGGAGGAAAAGCUUAAAGAAGUGAUAUGCAAAACAGUCACUAAUGUCCCCUUGGCAGAAAGUCCUACCAAGACUGAACCUGGGAGUUCUGGAACCAAGGACAAGCUUGAAUCUCCAAUUCUUCAAACAUGUGUAGGCGAAGAAGGAAAACUCCUGGUCAAAGUGAUCAAGGCUACAGGUUUAUGUGCUAAGGAAAAAUCUGGAACCGUAAGUCCCUACUGUAUCAUAUGGGCUGACCAUCCACACCAGCGUAAAAGAACCAGUCUUAUCAAGGAUACUGACAGCCCUUUCUGGAAUGAAUACUUUGCUUUUGAAAUCACAUCAAAGACUAGAGAAAUCACCCUCAACUUAUUUGACUUUGAAAAGACUUCACCAGAUGUYAAUUAUCACAUGGAUGACAAUGAGUUGAGCCCAGAGCAAGAUGACUUUCUUGGACAAGCGAUUGUACCACUGGCCACUAUUAACCGUAACCAGACAUGUAGGCUUAUUCUGCCAAUUCUUCCUAAAACCAACAAGUGCARCUACGUCAAAGGAGAACUUAGUCUUGAGUUUACGUUUGAUAAAAAUGGUAAAGUGAUUGACGGUGCUCUGCCAUUGGUCGAUUCGACGGAUAACAAGCCCAAAACGCCAGUUGUCGAGGAGAAUGUAACCUCGAAGACAGUCAAACCAGAGGAGAGCGCACCAGUGGAGGACACACCCUCAGGGUCCUUUCAGAGGAGCUACGGACCAGCCUACUCAUACUCACUCGAUAAGAGCUACAUGGAAACGAGUCUUGAUGAACUAGCACAGGAAAUCGAGGCUUAUGAGGCAGAGUCGAGGACCCCUGUCGAGGAGAACAAAUCUGUGGAGCUUCUGAUGGAACUGAAGCCAGAUGUACAGCAAACUGAGAAAACACCUGAASAAGAACCGGUUCAUGCAGUGGAGGAAGUCACACCUGUUGAGGCGGUCGUUGCCGAGCCGUCUAAGGAGGGAGAAGACGUUGAAGAUAAUCAAACCGAGCAGCAAAAAGAAAAUGAGGAAGAGCACAUAGAGGGAACUCCAGAACCAGAACACAAAUCAAAAUCUAAGAAAUCCUUCACAGGCAAGUUCAAGCGACGACCCAAGAGCACGAUUGAAGGGGAGAAGAAACCAGACGAAGAGGUGAAUACCCAGAGACAUUCGUACCAUGCUGGAGAUAAGGCUGAAGAAGAGCAGGAAACCAAGGAAGGGGAGAAGGAGGAGAAGAAGGAAGGGGAAGAGGCAGAGGAUACUGCACCAUCUGARCUCACAACUGAGCCUAAAUCCAAGAUCAGAAGAUCAUUCAAUAUGAAAUUCAAGCGAGGGAGCAAGAAGGACGAGAAAGAAAAGGAUAAAGAGGCUACACAGGAAACUGAUGCCCCGAAAGCGGAGGAGCCAACUGAUGAGAGCAAGGAACAGGCUGCUAUGGAAGAGAGCCUUCAGUCUGAUCCACCAAAAUCGAGGUUUGGUGGGAAGUUUAAACGCUCAAAAGACGCUAAAAACGAGCCAAAAGAUGAAGAAAAGGAAAACAAAGAAGAGAAGCAUGAACUAGAAACUGUGGAUGAAAAUGCCGAAUCUGGCACCCCUGCAGAAAAACAAGCCGACAGCAAACCCAAGUCGCGUAAACUGAAUCUAAGACGAGGUAAACAGCGACCUGUUAGCAUGAGCGCAGCUGACAAACCAGGAUCCACUGAUGAUGAGGGUAAACUAGAUCGUGMUGAUCAAGUCAGGCAUUCAUACCAUGCUGGGGACCUACCCCCGCCGCCACCGCUACGCAAAUCAACAAGUGAGUCAUCUCUGUUGAGUUAUUCUCCCAAUCCUUACUCCUCAUUGGUCAUCGAGGUGACAGAGAAGGACCAAAAGACUUACUAUCACGUGCCUGUGGCCAUGGCUAAGAGAGGUACAUACGAACAGAAGGGUGUCAAAUACCAUGUAUAUAAUGACCACAUGUUCAGAGCAACGCACUUGGAAUCUGGAACGGAGUGCUCAGUUUGUGGGAAGUCGAUCUUUGGUCGAUUUGGAAAGCAAGGAUAUCAGUGCAUAGACUGCAAAAURACUACACACAAGAAAUGCCACUACCAAACGUCCGAGAUGUGCUCUAACAGUUCCAUCAAAAAUAUCGAAAUUAAAAAAGCACCCAAUAUUGUUGGCAAUUAAAACAUAAUUAUGAGCACCAGAAAAGAAUUUCAAGAUCAAGAAGUCUAGUGCGCGCACAAAUUUCUACAGAAAUCAUAAAACCUCCAUUUGUGUCGUCAUGGUAACUGAAAUACUGGUGUCUUGAGGUAGUCAUGGUAACAAAGUAUCAUCGUGGUAACGGAAUGGUUUGAUAAUAAGAAUGUAUUUUCUUAUUUUUAAUACCGGUAACUAUGGUAACCGGUGUCAUGGAAAUCAAUAUCCCAGGGAAAUUAGUAGAUAUUAGUAACCAUGGUAACACGACUCAGAGCAGUUGUCGUGUUAAAGAUAAUGGUUACCUAGGUAACCUUGUCCUCUGCGCAAAAUUAACAUAAUUUUCGUCGUUGAUCUUCGCGUGUGAAUCGGUCAUUUAAAUUAAUAGAUCUAAGUAAAGAGGUUCAUCCUGCACUGACAUGAGAGAGAUAUAUCCGUCAGAAUCAUACAAAAAAAUUUAACUACAACAAGCUAAAUUAAAUGUUAAAAGCCUUAUUUGAUGUGUAGUGUUUAACAAACUAAAUGUAGGUGUAGCAAAAAAAUGUCAAUGUGUGAAAAAAUGCAACCAAAUUUUGUACGAAAGGGCAUAGGCGUAUAGGAAACGUAUAGGCUCUCCAAGGUUUUUGAUACUACACUCAAGUACAUAUUCCUGUUUCUGAUUGGUUCAUUGCAGAAGCCAAUGGAGUGUCACGAUUUCGUACUCAAUCACUGAUUGGCCGGUCAACGUCUCUUUGCUUUCUAAUUGGCUUAUAGCUAAAGCCAAUGGAGUGUCACAAUUUCGUACUCAAUCACUGAUUGGCCGGUCAACGUCUCUUUGAGUUCUCAUUGGUUUAUAGCUAGAACCAAUUGAGUGUCACAAUUUCGUACUCAAUCACUGUGAUUGAUGGGUGAACGUCUUCUGAUUGGUUUAUUGCAGAAGUCAAUUUCGCACUCAAUUUGGUUUAUAGUUAAAGCCAAUUCAAUGCCACCUGCAGAGAGCGACUUUUUCUUUCGUUUCCUGCCGCAAGCAGUUACCAUCUUCGUAUUUAUUGUCGUCGGUGUAGCGAAUUUAUUGCUGAAAAACA